AUGGCCAAGGGUAACUCUAAAAUUACGGCCUCAACAAAGGCCAUUGACCCCACUCUCGAUGCACUCUUCGCAUCUAGUGCUGGUCCGGUCAAGGCUCCCUCUACGACGAGAUUCUCCCAAGCGCCGCCCCCGAAAUCAAAGCCCGAAACGGCAGACUCUGACGAAGAACUGCCCGAUGCCGAUGAGGAAGACGACGAGGAGCUUUCGGAGCUGGAGCAAGAUUCCGAGGAAGGAAGCGAUAACGACGCAGAGGCUGGGGCUGAGUCAGAGGAGGAAGAGGCCUCAGAAACGAACGCGAAACCUAAGAAGGAGCGCAAGCGCAAGAGGGACGAGGACGAUAUCGAGGGCAAGUACCUAAGCAAGCUCGCGCAAGCCGAGGAAAAGGAAACGCCCGCAGAGAAGCGCAGCAAAAAAGAGGACAAGGAUGAGGGGGCAGCGUCAGAAGAAGAGGAGGAGUCCGACUCUGAAGUCCCCGUCCAUGAGUCUCUCGCAGCCGAGGGCAAGAACAAGGACAAGAACGACGAGAUCGACAAGGCGAACCGCACCGUCUUCCUUUCCAACGUCGCCUCCGAGGCCGUCUCCAACAAGGCCGCCAAGCGCACCCUCGAAGCCCACCUCACCAGCGUCCUCGACAAGGACGCCACCCCGGCGCAAAAGAUCGAGUCCAUCCGCUUCCGAUCCGUCGCCUUCUCCGGCGGCGCCCUGCCCAAGCGCGCGGCCUACAUCACCAAGGCCGUCAUGCAGGAGACGACAAAGUCCGCAAAUGCGUACGUUGUCUUCUCGACCCCCGCGGCUGCGCGCAAGGUCGUCUCAGAGCUGAACGGCACUGUUGUCCUGGAACGCCACCUGCGCGUCGACAGCGUUGCCCACCCUUCUCCGACAGACCAUCGCCGCUGUGUGUUUGUUGGUAACCUGGGCUUCGUCGACGACGAGACGAUUACCACGGUGGACGAGGCCGGUGAGACGGUGCAGAAGAAGCGCACCAAGGUGCCUGCAGACAUUGAAGAGGGUCUGUGGAGGACGUUCGGCAAGCAAGCUGGCAAAGUUGAGAACGUGCGCGUCAUCCGUGAUCCCAAGACGAGAGUAGGCAAGGGUUUCGCCUACGUCCAGUUCUACGACGCCAACCACGUCGAAGCAGCUCUCCUCCUGGACGGCAAGAAAUACCCUCCCAUGCUCCCCAGAAUCAUGCGCGUGGCCCGCGCCAAGGCCCCUCACAAGACCGCACUCGCAAUGGAGCGCUCAUCCAAGGCGAGGGUCCAAGCCGCGCGCGGCGCACCGGGUAGCACAAGCUACAAGGCCAAGAUCACCCCCGAACAGCAAUCCAUGGCCGGCCGUGCGAGCCGUCUCCUGGGUCGCGCCGGUGCCAUGCGUGAGCAGCGCAAGGGCAGUGACAGGAAGCCCCCUAGGGCCAGCGGCUCUGGUGCUGUUCCUAAGGACGACAUCAAGGCGCCGGAGGCCUUCAUCUUCGAGGGACGUCGCGCCAGCGCCAAGGAUGGCAGGCCCAAGGAUCUCAAGUUCGGCAACAAGCGGGCCAAGGUCAAGGGUCGUGUCCAGAAGUCGAAGCCUACAGGUCGUGGCGCGAAGAGAGCGGAGGCAUGGAAGAACAAGGAGAAGAAGUAA